AUGUCAAAGGUUGAUGACAAAACGACCCCGGAUGGUACAACGCCUGAUGUUACGGAUACAGCUAAUGGUACAACAUCCAACGAAAACUAUGAUACAACGAUUAAUAACGAAAACAACGAACCAGUGAAUAAUGAGACACAACAAACGACAAACAAAGACACUUUACUUGAUACAAUUGCAGCAAGCUCUUCAUCAAGAAGAAUCAAAAACCGAGAACCAGAAUAUGGCAUCCAGACACUUCUUGUGUGCCAAGUUAUAUUGAUACACAGACCGCACAUACAGCAGCAUGAGGAUAAGCAUUUGGAAAUGCCUCUACCAUUCAAGGAGCGACCCUCCCUGCCUAACAACAAAUUCAGACAACAUACUGUGGCUGUCAUGUGUGAUGUGGAGAAGAUGUUCCACCAGUUUGUUGUACAUCCAAGCAUACAAAGCAUUUUCUGGGUUGGGUCUGGUCGGUACUGUAACAUAGGAUGGAAUGACCCUCUACCCGCAGACAGACUACAUGAAUGGGAAGCUUGGAUCAAAGAUCUACAGAACCUUGAUCUCAUCAAAGUCCCAAGAUGCCUCAUACCAAGUGAUUUUGGCAAACCGAUAACCUUUGAGCUGCAUCAUUUCUCGGACGCAAGCACAAAUGGCUAUGGACAGUGUUCUUACCUUAGAGUUGUAAAGGGAACGAAGGUACAUUGUGCUUUAGUUAUCGCAAAGGCAAGAGUAGCACCUCUAAAGGUUGUAACGAUACCUCGCUUGGAAUUGACAGCUGCAGUAUUGUCAGUGAAGGUCAGUUUAUUUCUGAAGAGGGAGCUGAAUCUACCUAUCAACAGAGAGUACUUUUGGACAGACUCUAAAUUAGUGCUUGGCUACAUUAACAACGAGGCUCGCAGGUUCCACGUAUUUGUUGCAAACCGUGUACUGAUGAUAAGAGAGGCAACAAAACCUCAUCAGUGGCUAUACAUUGAAUCUGCCAGCAACCCAGCCGAUCACGCCUCGCGUGGACUACGUGCAUCUGAAGUUAAUGAUUCUUCAUGGCUGACCAGUCCUCCAUUACUAUGGCAGCCCAUCAUCGAAAGCAAAGGUGUUGAAACAGAGUUGCAACUUGGAGACCCUGAAGAAAGAUCUGCAAGAUCUCUAUGUACCAAAAUAAAGGCUCAUUCUAGUAUCCUUGACAUUCUGUCUCGAUUCUCGUCUUGGACCAAAAUGAUAUCCUUCAUUGCCAGAAUGCAGAGACUUUCUAAUGGUGUCAAGGGAACCUAUCCACCAAAUCCGAAUGAAAGACUUCAAGCAGAACAAACUAUCAUCAAACACGUUCAACAUGAAACAUUUCAAGAUGCUAUCAGCGCUCUCGAGAAAUCUGAAGGGCUACCAAAGUCUAACUCCCUUAAACCCCUAGAACCAAUUCUACAAGAUGGGAUACUUCGAGUCGGAGGCCGACUGAGGAAGGCAACCCUGUCUGAUGCUUACAAGAACCCAAUAAUCUUACCCAGAAAUGGUCAUAUCACGCACUUGAUUCUUUUACAUGCUCACAAGGAAACCUUUCAUCAAGGAAGAGGAAUUACCCUGAACAAGCUCCGGUCUCUUGGUUAUUGGAUUGUAGGAGGAAGUAAGACAGUAGCCAGCUACAUACGUCAGUGCGUUAUAUGCAGGAAGUUGAGACGACCGACAGAGACACAGAGAAUGGCAGACUUGCCCAAGGAGCGUAUGGAACCAUCUCCGCCUUUCACAUACUGCGGUAUGGACUGUUUCGGCCCAUUUAUUGUGAAACAGGGACGGAAGGAAAUAAAACGAUAUGGGUUACUAUUUACCUGCAUGUGCUCUCGUGCUAUCCACAUUGAGAUGUUAGAUGACAUGUCUACGGAUGCGUUCAUUAAUGGUUUGCGCUGCUUCAUCGCAAUUAGAGGAGCCGUGCGACAGUUGCGCUCGGACCAAGGAACCAACUUCAUUGGAGCUAAGAAUGAGUUCCAGAAAGCACUUAACAAGGAAAGAAUAUGUUCAUUCUUGGCAGAGAAACACUGUGAAUUUGUGUUUAACGCGCCCAGUGCUAGUCAUACAGGAGGUGUGUGGGAACGUCAAAUAAGAACCGUCCGUAACAUACUCAACGCCAUACUAUUACUUUGUCCUGGAAGGCUAGAUGAUUCCUCGCUGAGAACCGUAUUCUACGAAGCGAUGUCUAUUGUAAACGGACGCCCACUAACGGUUAGUGAGAUAGACAACCCAGACUCACUGGAGCCGCUUACUCCGAACCACAUCUUAACUGGGAAGACCACUUCUCCCCUUCCCCCUCCUGGAGAGUUCAUGAAGGAAGACAUAUAUGCCUGUAAACGUUGGAGACGUGUACAGUACCUUAUGGAACAAUUUUGGUCCCGUUGGAGACAUGAGUACUUGGCUCAGAUCACCUUACGACAGAAGUGGCAUGGAGUUCGUCGGAACAUCAAGGAAGGUGACAUUGUUCUGGUGAAGGACGUUGACCUGCCACGCAACCAAUGGCCUCUCGGUAGAGUUGUCGAAGCCAACCCAGACGAUGAUGGUCUUGUACGGAGAGUCAAGGUGAAAAUGCAGUCUGGAGUCUUGGAGAGAACAGUUCACAAGCUUGUGCUACUCAUUGCAAAUUAA